AUGCGCAAACCGCCAGUUGUUGUUUGUGAAGUGAUCGUUACCAACGAGAAAAAGACGGUAUUUGCACUCAGGAUUAAUUCUGGUAGAUUCACUCGGAAGCGAUUUGAGGAUUAUGAAGAAUUUUAUUUGAAGGUGAAAGAGCCGCUCAAGCUCUCAAUAAAAUGUGUUCCAAAAAAGAAAUUUCUACAAGCUGAGGCGAAAUUGCAAGAAAAACGACGAAAGUGGAUUAUUGCACUAGUACAGGAACUUCUUGCUGAAUAUCACGACAACGAGGAUGUUCGCGAAUUCCUCUCACUUCGUGACGUGGAAGACUAUGAAGAAGCACACGUUGAUCUUGGUCCGAAAGAACAUGCCAUGGCAUGUGCUUCAAAUUUUGAUUUUCUCAAUACGAUUGGUAAAGGGAAUUUUGGACGAGUUUAUCAAGUUCGACAUAUAGAAACCGGAAAAAUUUACGCAAUGAAAGUUCUUUCCAAAGAGCAUAUUCGAAAGAAAAAUGAGGUGAAACAUGUAAUGGCUGAAUUGAGCGUCCUAAAAUCCAAUAUUAAUCAUCCGUUCCUUGUAUCGCUUCACUUCUCAUUCCAGAGUAAGGAUAAACUCUACUUUGUUCUUGAUCAUUUGAACGGUGGAGAGUUGUUCUCUCAUUUACAACGGGAGAAACAAUUCAGUGAAUCGAGAAGCCGAUUUUAUGCUGCUGAAAUUGCAUCUGCCCUAGGCUAUCUACAUGAUAACAAUAUUAUCUACAGGGACUUGAAACCAGAAAAUUUGUUACUCGAUAAGCACGGGUACCUGGUUAUGACCGACUUCGGACUAUGUAAGGAAAACAUGACGUCGACGUCCGUGACAAACACAUUCUGUGGAACACCUGAAUAUCUCGCUCCAGAAAUAGUGUUGAAACAACCUUAUGGAAUCACGGUUGAUUGGUGGUGUUUGGGCUGCGUCCUUUAUGAAAUGCUAUUUGGUUUGCCGCCUUUCUAUUCACGGGAUCACAAUGAAAUGUAUAAUCGAAUUGUUAAUGAACCAGUGAAGAUUAAGAAGAAUGUGUCCGCUGCAUCCAGUGAUAUUAUCAACGGGUUACUAAGAAAAGACAGAACAAAGAGACUUGGUGCCAAGAUGGACUUCAAACAAAUCCGUGAUCAUCCGUUUUUCCUUCCUAUUGAUUGGGAUAAAUUGCUGCGACGUGAAGUGAGGGCACCGUUCAUUCCUCGAAUCGAGAACGAUACGGAUGUUCACAAUAUUUCCGAGGAUUUCGUUAAGAUGAAAAUUAAUCCAGCUUCUCUCAUUCCUCAGAACAUGUCGUCCACAUAUCGUGAUCACGAUUUUCCCGGUUUCACAUACGUUCAGAAUAACGCGUUGUCGACAUAA